UCGACCCUGCUAACACAGUUACGGUGGAACCGCCAGAAACUGGUGUGAAUUCCUGAUAAAUUCGGUUUUUCUGAUUUGUACCCCCUUCGAGCUUUAAGGACCCACAAGCCCCAACCCGUAUUAUCAUCAGUCAGUAGCCCUGCUCACUGGGCGUGUGUGUGUGUGCAGUAUAUAUGCUCACAGCAGACUGUCCCAUUGUUGACCGAAACCAGGACAGUUAGCCAGUAUGGCGAGAUACCGAUCCGAGGUUCAUAUUCCCAUCAAGCAGGACAACCUAAGCUUCCAGGAUAGGCAGAUCCAGAGGUGGGACGAUGUGGAGUCACGAAUGGACCAGAAAAGGAAGGAAUGGGAAAGUGAGUUCGAAAAAAUGCGUAGAGACUUCUUCACAUUAAGUCCAAUGGAGAAUAAUACAAAUACGACCACCAAACUAGACACCCUAAAACCUUUAUAUGAAGUUGACAGCCAUGGACAAGAAAUUUUCAAAAUUCGAUUUGACGUGAAAGAAUUUAGACCGGAAGAAGUACAGGUUAAGGUUCAGAAUAAUAAAUUACUGGUUAAUGCUCGUCACGAAGAGAAAACCAACCGGUCCACUGUGAGUAGGGAGUAUAGUCGCCAGGUGGACAUUCCUACCAACGUGGACCAAGAUCGUCUCCAAUGUGUCCUCAGUAAAGACGGAGUCUUGUCAGUCGAAGCACCAGUUUUAAACAGGCGGUUAGGGCAACCUGCCACCAUUUUGCCUAUCCGCUCUGGCGAAAUGCCACAGCUGGAAACAGCCAUGUAUAUACCUAGUGAAAACGCUCCGGUGCCCAGAGGCGACAUGACAUCGAGCAGAACCCCUAUCGUCACUGAGCCAGACGGCUCAAGAAAGUUAAAGCUAGAGGUAGAUGUUGGAGAAUUCCGUCCAGAGGAAGUCGUUGUGAAAACCAUAGAUAAGAAAGUAGUGGUGACUGCCUCACACGAGGAGACGCAGGGCGGGCGAAGGAUGAGCAAGUCCUUCAACAAGGAGUAUGAGUUACCCGACAGUGUGGAUCCAAUGACAGUUAACGCUUACAUGCAGGAGAAUGGCAGGCUCAUCAUUGAGGCGCCAAUCAAGUCUGUGGGUAAAUCAGCGUACAGCGUGUCUCAGACACACGAUACUAAGCGGGUUGUAGUCACCAGAGAGUCGACUGUUACAUCAACAACCAACACCAGCAAACCCCUCUUCACCAUCAGUGUCCAUCGCCGACAGUGAAAACCUUGUCUUUGUUGAUAACUUCCGGCUUCCGUGAUCCAAAGCUCCGGUUGACGCAUGCCAGUUGUCGUAAAAUGAUACUUUAAAAUUUACAAUUGCCACGAGACUGUUGUCGCUGUUAUGCAACAGUAUGUUUGUGUUGUGAUUUUGUCAAUGCUAUAACAAGGUCAUCAAGUGUUUGUGGUUUUAGUAAUCAGCCCUGUCAUGUUUGCAAAAGGUUACAAUGUGUCCAGUUGAAAAUGUUAAUCCUCCUGUAAAUGAAAGUAUUUAAAAUUAGGAUGCUGAUGACGUCAUGCAAAUACGACAUAAUUGCAGUAUUGCUGUCAUGAGAACUUUGGCUGGUCCCAGUCUCACUACUUGUGAAAUCAUUUAUUUUGAGUGGGUAAGAUACAAGGAUAACAACGGUAACAACGGUUUCCAUUAAGGAACAUUUUGUAACAAAGGGAAUGAGCCAUGGAUGUGUUAGAUAACUGGUCACUGCGUACAAAAUGGCCGGUAAAGCCUUCUGCCAAAAAGACCAUGAUUUGGUUUUCUUAAGAAAGAUAUAGUUUAAGUAAGUGUUGUAGCUCUACUGGCCAUACCCUGCGUCGUAAAAGGCAAACUAUGCGGUGGUGUUUAGUUUCCGUGGAUUUGUGCCAAAAGUUGUUAACGUAUGUGCAACAAGCAGGCUGUAAAGAAGGACUCGAUGUGCAGGAAAGUCAUGUCCGCCAGCUGUCAGCGUAGGGAUACACAAUGUACACUGUGCGCAUAGCUGCCAAACAUUUGGCGAAACAGUCCUCCAAAUCUACCAACAAAGACCUGGAAAAAUGACAAGCCAAAGGGCUGAGUACAUCUUUUUAUGUUUGACAGAAGGGUUCCCAGUUGUGAAGUAUAAUUGAGCUAUCUAUUCCAUCAACUCUGUGGUAUUUUUGGCACCGUUUGUAUGUGUGCUGUUUUGAAAUGGUAUCAAGGUACUGUGGUAGUUAAGGUAAUUUGAAAUUCCGGUAUCUUCAAAACCUUAUUAAGGGGCAUGGGGGUUUCAAACACCUGCUACCUUGUGAAAUGAGCACUGCAACAAUAUGUCUAAUCUAUCUUGCACUCGUGGUUUAUGACAUCCGCAUUACUCUAUACUCAGGUCGUGUGUUCUACCAUGAACCUUAAUAAGUCAUGUAAGCUGUAUCCACGUUGUAAAGUGAUGAUUAAUGGAAAUCUUAGCUCGUUGAACACAAUGCCAGAUUCGACCACCUGGAAUGAGCCCUAAAUGUAAAACGGUAAACAGGUGUCUAAAUAUGAAUACUCUUGUUUAUCAUUAAGAACCGGGCUCUACCGAGUUAGCCACGUCACCAUGGGAGUUUUGAAAUGUUAAUGAGCUUAGGUUAAACUCACUGCUUUACAAGAUGGUUGCGGGCCUGUAGACGGCUGAAUGAAAAGGCACUGCUUAAGCACUCCGAAGCAUUGCAACAGUUAUCGAACCUAUUUGCCCCAGGCUACGCGGAGGGAAACUAGCAUAUACACAUUAUUGUCCCUACUAUCGACUUGCUUAACUGCUGAAGCGUAUGCAAAGAAUUUAAUCAACGCUUUGACUGCUAUUCUGGUACUAUAUUCUUCUGAAUUUUGGCUGGUGUCAUUAAAAGCAAACUUGAACGAAAUAAAAAAAAAAACAAUAAAAAAAAAAGAGAGAGAGAGAAAAAAAACGCAUUAGCUUACACCAAAGGUGCCAUAUGAAAAAACGUUUAUUAGGCUUAGAUUCUCUAGCGCAGAGUUAAAAUCUGUGGUACCCUCUUUUCCCUCGUGUUUUUAUGUAUUUGGAGUGGAAUUUAUCUGUUUACUGACCUUUUCUUGGCAGUGAAAUAGGAACAAGAUAGAUUCGUUUUAAUUGAUAUUUAUUGGAUCAGCAUCCAUGGCUAUAGAAAUAAAUAAGGCACAUAAGGAACUGAAUUUAAACUCCUCAUAUAUGUAACUGACACGGUAUGACUAGCAGUUUCCGGUCAAGCUUGAGCUAUAUAAACCUGCAAUCAGUUUUACCUCAAGUGUCCAGUUUAAGACAUUUGCAAUGAUUACCAUGAUCUAUUAUAACAUUUAUACUUUUUCCACAGUAAAUUCUUGAUAUGUAAUUUUUUGUAGUAAAAUUUCAGAUAGCGACCAACGACGCGCCAUAUUAACAGUCGGGCCUUGUGCCUCGUGGAGAUGAUUCUUUUUUUGAUUUUGCAGUGAGAACAUAUCGGAAGGCGGCGUAGUUCCGUACAAAACACUGUAACUGUGUACACAUUGUGUGUACUGAGCACAUGUAUCUAAAUAUAGAAACUAGGCUGGACAAAAUAUAUGUAUUUCUGAGCCCCUGUUUUUAGGCAGUUUCACCUUUAGCAUUUACUUUGUCUCUGGUGAGAGGUACAGUACAUCGUGAAUGAUGCCAAACUUAGUUUAGACGUUAGCCAGUGUAAAGAGUAGACGUAUAAAGUGUCCCUAGUGAGCAUGUAUCAGUGUAGAAAUGAUAACAUUAAGGUUAGUGAUUCUUUUAUCGGACGAGGGUUAUUAGAUUUCCACUUGGUGUUGUAUAAGAAAAAUAUCUGAAAUUCCUGAGUCCGUUGGCUAUGAGCGUAGGUCGACGAUAGCCCAGCUUCCUCCUCGACCAUGUACCCCCCCUCCCUCCUCCCUCAUUCCUCUCCCCUCUCCCCCUUCCCUUUACCAUCUAGCCCGUGGCUCUUUUUCCCCCACACGGAUGCACUUGGUUUCUUAUUCUCGCAAGUAGGCCUACCCCCAGAGUAUAAUAUUGCCGGUACAUCGUCUUCGUCAGAACACCUUGUUAUUGCCACAAUAUAAACCCCGCCCUUAUUGUUUAUUGCAUUUGGUUUCGAUCACACUGUAAGGUGUACUUCCGUUCUAAAUGUGUAUUCGCUGUGUGAUGCCAAUCCGAUCCUGAUUGCCCACCCAGAGAAUGUCCGCCAGUUUUGUUCUUUACCGACCGUUACACUAUAUAUGCUAUCUCCGCUGAGCUUAAGUCGUUUCGUUUGUUGUUUGUGGUUAUAUUUUGAGUACUGUUGAGAUUUUAUUUCAUGUUUUAUUAUUUGUGGUAAUGUGGAAAUUCCUGUUCAGUUCCAAUCGUCCUAUUUAUUUUCCCAUGCGAUGAAGUUGGACAUUAGCUUGGAGAGAUAAUAUGUUGAACUGAUAAUAAACUAAAUUAAGAGUCAUUUUCAACACUUUCACGGCAUUGUACCAAUAACAAUGAAAAAUACAUAGAGAUAUAUUUAUUUGUAUUAUCGUAUGCCUUGUUAAGCCACCUUACUCUUCGGUGAUCACCUUUUCAAAAGCUAUUUGUUCUCCAUAUUUAUUUCUCUAAUGCACCGAUACUUGUGUUUUCUGGCUAUUAAAGUUAACACUGGAUUCAAGCCUU